AUGGCUUCCAAUGCGAUGUUUGUCAUGGCGGCGGCGGCGGCGAUCGCCUUCCUCCCCUUGCUCGCCUCCGCCACCGUCCACGUCGUAGGUGACGGUAGUGGGUGGACCCUCGGGUUCGACUACACCGCCUGGUCCGAGAGCAACCAGUUCAGGGUCGGCGACGUACUAGUGUUCAAGUACAACAAGGCCAACCAUAACGUGGUGGAGGUGAGCGGGCCGGACUUCAGGGCGUGCAACAGCGCCAAGGGCCUCGGCGCCUGGAACUCCGGCAGCGAUCAGGUCCAACUCGCCAGCGCCGGGCGGAGGUGGUUCGUCUGCGCUGUAGGCAGCCACUGCGCUAUGGGCAUGAAGCUCAACGUUACCAUCCUCGCCGCCGACGCGCCUUCGCUUGCCCCUGCGCCGGCACCGUCCUCGUCUUCUCACAAUACAAUCCUCGCCGCCGACGCUCCUUGGCUUGCCCCUGCACCGGCGAAGUCCUGGGCUGCUCACAAGUCCAGGCGGCCCUUUGUUACCAAGUGGUGA